AUGGUACCAGACUACGAGCUGUACACAUAUUUCCGCUCCUCCUGCUCCGCCCGGGUCAGGAUAGCAGCACAUCUAAAGGGCAUACCGCUGAAGUACAACUACAUCCACCUGCUCAAGAACGAACAGCAAAACUCCGACAAGAGUGUUCCGACACUGGUGAUCACUGAAUCAGACGGCACGAAGAUCCUAAUUCGGCAAUCAGUCGCGAUUCUGGAGUAUUUCGAGGAACGACAUCCGGAAUUGCUUCCAAGACUGCUGCCGCCUGUAGAUCGGCCGGUGAAGAGGGGACAGGUCAGAGAUUUAGUCAAUAUCGUCGCGUGCGAUAUUCAGCCGGUGACCAAUUUGAGAAUCCUGAAUAAAGUUAGGCCGUUGGGAGCGAAGGCGGAGGAGUGGCAGCAGGAGUUUAUGGCGGCUGGGUUGGAUGCGUAUGAGAAGGUUGCGAGGGGGACGGCGGGGAAGUUUAGUUUUGGUGAUGAAGUUACCAUGGCGGAUGUUGUAUUGGUUCCGGCCGUUGACGGGGCGUUGAGGUUUGGGGUGGAUUUGGGGAGGUUUCCGGUUGUGAAGAGAGUGUAUGAGACGUGUAUGGGGUUGGAGGCGUUUCAGAAGGGAGGUUGGAAGAGCCAGCCUGAUACGCCUGAGGAGUUGAGAUAA